CAGCAACUUGUGAGAGCAGAAUUUCAGAGAUGGAUAAUCAGAUAACAGAAGGGGAUCGAACUAUGAAAGAGCUUGCAGCACCAGAUGUGGCUUAUAAGUACUCAUGCAUCACUUAUCCAGAUUUGGCAGGAGAUUUUGAACUCAGAUCAGGACUUAUUCAUCUGCUUCCCAAAUUUCAAGGAUUAUCAGGAGAGGAUCCCAACCGCCAUCUACAUGAGUUCCAUGUGGUUUGUUCUACCAUGAAACCACAGGGGAUUUCAGAAGAAGACAUUAAGUUGAGGGCCUUUCCAUUCUCUUUGACAGGAGCAGCAAAGGACUGGUUAUAUUGCCUUCCAGCUGGAUACAUUACUAGUUGGAUUGAUAUGAAGAAAGCAUUUUUGGAGAAAUUUUUCCCAGCUUCUAGGACUGCAACUAUCAGGAAGAGCAUUUGUGGUAUUCAACAAGUAGUGGGAGAAACUCUUUAUGAUUAUUGGGAGAGAUUCAAGAAGCUGUGUUCGAGUUGUCCACAACAUCAGAUUAGUGAUCAGCUUCUUGUUCAAUAUUUCUAUGAGGGCCUACUUCCUAUGGAUAGGAGCAUGAUAGAUGCAGCAGCUGGAGGAGCCUUGGUGAAUAAGACUCCAAAUCAAGCAAGAGAGCUAAUUUCAAAUAUGGCAGAAAAUUCACAGCAAUUUGGGAGUAGAGCUCUUGGGACUAGAGUGGUUAAUGAAACUCAUUUGGUUUCGAAUGAGCAACAAGAAAUCAGAAACAAUUUGCAAGAAUUGACCUCUCUAGUGAAGCAAAUGGCGUUGCAAAAUUCAAGUCAGGUUUCAAAUUUUCCUUUACCAAUGAUGAAGUUGUGUGGAAUUUGUUCAAGCCAAGAUCAUUAUUCGGAUCAUUGUCCUAAUCUACAUCAAGAUGAAUCCGUUGCAGCCAUUUCAAGACCUCAAUUUCAGCAACAUAAAUAUGAUCCCAAUUCUUCAACAUAUAAUCCGGGAUGGAGGGAUCAUCCUAAUUUGAGGUAUGGGAACACAUUUUAUCAGCAGCCAACACAAAAUCAGAUUGGUCAGCCAUCAUUUCAACAUCAGCAGAAUCAACAUUAUUUCCAGAACCAUCCAGCAGUUCAUUCUCAGCAAAAUCAGCACUUCCAGCAACCACAAUUUCAGCAAAACUUCAACCAAAAUCAGCAAUUUCAACCAUUUCAGAAUUUUCAGCAUUCGAAUGUUGCAUUUCAACCACAACUUCAGAAUGCACAGAACCAGCAAAACCAUUAUCAGCAAAUUCAGCAACCUGUGCAGAAUUUCCAGCAGCCAAGCAGUUCGAAUCAGCAUCAAUUUCAGCUUGCACUUCCAUCUUCUACAAGUCCUAGAUCAAUGCAACCUCAGCAGAAUUCUAGUAGCUCAAAAAUUGAGGAUUUGAUGCAGCAAGUGCUUCAACAACAACAACAAAUGAUGCAACAGCAGCAACACCAGCAAAGAACUGAUACAACGCUGCAAAACAUUGAAAGACAAAUUGGGCAACUUGCUAGCAACAUCAAUCAAAUGCAGAACCAAGGAUCUGGGCAGUUACCUUCACAACCGACUCCAAAUCCUAAGGGAAAUGUGAGUGCAUUAACUCUUCGAAGUGGUAAAACAAUUUCAGAGCCAAAUCAGAAGUUAUCAGCUGGAACACAGCAGUGUUUUUCCAGACCAUUUGCAGAUUCAAACCUACAGAAUUCUCAGAUUUAUCCAGCAAAUUCAGAGUCAACAGAAUCUGAACAGAAUGACAUUUCUGGUACUGAUCAGCUACAUUCUACACAACCUGCAACUUCAGAAUCUACUCAAUUUAGUGGAGCAGAUUUUAGUUUGGAUUUUACCCCAACAGCAGCUUCAAAUUCAGCUCCAAAUUCAGCACAGAAUCUGGAAAAUUCUGCACAGAAUCUGGACAGAACUUCUAACCAGCAAGAAGCCGAGCAUUCUACUCCAUUACCUUUCCCUCAAAGAAGUGUACAACCAAGAAAAGAAAUGGAGGAAGAAAAGGCUAGGGAAUAUCAAGAAUUGGUGAAAUUGUUCAGCAAAGUUGAAGUGAAUGUGCCUUUGCUUACCAUGAUUAAGCAAAUUCCAAAAUAUGCCAAAUUCCUCAAGGAUCUUUGUGUGCACAAAAAGAAAUUAAAGGGGAAUGAAUUGAUCAGUAUGGGAAAGAAUGUUUCAGCAUUACUUCAGCCAGUUCCUCAGAAGUGUGAAGAUCCAGGAGUUUUCACCGUGCCUUGUGUUAUAGGAGAUUGUAUUUUUGAGGAUGCAAUGUUAGAUCUUGGAGCUUCUAUUAAUGUGAUGCCUAAAUCAGUUUUUCAGUCAUUAAGAAUUGGACCUUUGCAGCCUACAGGUGUAGUGAUUCAGUUGGCCAACCGUAGUCAAGCACACCCAGCAGGAGUGAUUGAGGAUGUAUUGGUAAAAGUGAGGGAGUUAAUUUUUCCUGCAGAUUUUUACAUCUUAGAUAUGGAGGGAGAUGUGCUUGCGAACAGGGCCCCGCUUAUUCUUGGACGUCCAUUCUUGAAGACUGCUAGAACGAAGAUUGAUGUGCAUGCUGGAACUCUUUCUAUGGAGAUAGGAGACACAGUGGUUAGAUUCAGCAUUUUUGAGGCUAUGAAGCAUCCUACAGAGGAUCAUUCUAUACUUAGCGUGGAUAUCUCAGAGGAGCUGGAUGGCAUGGAGUUCUUGUCAGAUGUUGAUUCAGACUUAGAGAUUUCUAAUUUUGGUACAGUGAAUGAAUUUGUUGCAUUAUUGGAAGAUGUUUUAGAUGAGGAAUCUGAUGUCAAUUCAAGUGAAUGCGUAGGGGAUUGCUUGGGAGAAGCAUUACCCCUAGGAUCGCUCAGAGAGGAAGAGGUAUGUGUAGGGGAUUGCUCAGCAGCAUUACCCCUAGGAUCACCUAUUAUGGAGCAGACACAAGAGGAGUUGAAACCAUUGCCCCAACAUCUGAAAUAUGCAUAUUUGGGAGAAAAUCAGCAGCUACCUGUCAUCAUAGCUCAGAAUUUGGAACCGGAUCAGGAGGAACGAUUGUUAGAGAUUCUGAGACAGCAUAAAAAGGCCAUUGGAUGGACUUUGGCAGAUAUUCCUGGGAUCAGUCCUUCCAUUUGUAUGCAUAAGAUUCACUUAGAGGAGGAUGUGAGGCCAGUGAGACAGCCACAGAGACGACUAAACCCAUUGAUUUUGGAUGUUGUAAAGAAGGAGGUGACUAGACUCUUACAGGCAGGCAUUAUUUAUCCGAUUUCUGACAGCAAAUGGGUUAGUCCCAUUCACGUGGUUCCGAAGAAGUCAGGGGUGACAGUGGUAGCUAAUGAAGAGAACGAACUGGUGCCCACGAGAGUGAAGAAUUCUUGGAGAGUAUGCGUGGACUAUAGGAAGCUGAACCAAGCAAGCCGAAAGGAUCAUUAUCCACUUCCUUUUAUUGAUCAGAUGUUGGAGAGGCUGGCAGGUAAAUCCCAUUAUUGUUUUCUUGACGGUUAUACUGGUUAUUUUCAGAUUUGCAUCGACCCAGAGGACCAGGAGAAGACUACCUUCACCUGCCCUUUUGGGACAUUCGCAUAUCGUAGGAUGCCAUUUGGAUUGUGCAACGCUCCAGGUACUUUUCAGCGAUGCAUGGUGAGUAUUUUUGGCGAUUUAUUAGAGCAUUGCAUGGAAGUAUUCAUGGAUGAUUUUUCUGUUUAUGGCUCGUCUUUUGAUGCAUGUUUGGAAAACUUGUCUCGAGUUUUGAGUAGAUGUAUCGACACGGAUUUGGUUUUGAAUUUUGAAAAGUGUCACUUUAUGGUAGAGCAUGGCAUUGUUUUAGGUCAUAUAGUCUCUAGGAAAGGCAUUGAAGUAGAUCCUGCUAAAGUUAGCGCUAUAUCUUCUUUAUCUUACCCCGCAUGCGUGCGGGAAGUGCGAGCUUUUCUUGGUCAUGCAGGAUUCUACAGGAGAUUUAUUAGAGACUUCAGUAAGAUUGCUCUACCAUUAUCUCAGCUACUUCAGAAGGAUGUUUUGUUUGAUUUCGAUCAGAGGUGCAGAGAAGCUUUUGACAGAUUGAAGGAGGCUCUUACCUCAGCACCUAUUAUCAGACCCCCAGACUGGUCUUUACCUUUCGAGUUGAUGUGUGAUGCUUCAGAUUAUGCAGUGGGAGCUGUACUAGCACAGAGAGUGGAUGGAGCACCACAUGUUAUUUGCUAUGCUUCCAAGACUUUGGACUCAGCUCAAGCAAACUACACAACAACAGAAAAAGAGCUUCUUUCUAUUGUUUUUGCUUUAGAUAAGUUCAGAUCAUAUCUUCUUUGUUCUCAUGUGAUUAUUUUUUCUGAUCAUGCAGCUUUGAAGUAUCUCCUCAAGAAGCCUGAUGCAAAGCCUAGAUUAAUCAGAUGGAUGCUUCUGCUUCAAGAAUUCGACGUAGAGAUACGUGAUAGGAGCGGGAAGGAGAACUUGGUUGCAGAUCACUUGAGCAGGAUUGAGGGAGACUUGGAUCGCACGGCCAUUGAUGAUGAUUUCAGAGAUGAGCAGCUUCUACAGCUGCAGGGUGAGUCUCCAUGGUAUGCAGAUCUAGUGAAUUUCUUAGUUGCACAUGUUUAUCCCAAACAAUUUUCAAAAGCUCAAAAAGAUAAAUUAAAAAGUGAUUCAAAAUUCUAUGUUUGGGACGAUCCUUACUUGUGGAAGUUUUGUAGUGAUCAGAUCAUUAGGAGAUGCAUACCUGAUUCUGAGUUUCAGUCUGUACUUACUUUUUGUCAUUCUUUUGAGUGUGGAGGACAUUUUGGACCACAAAGAACUGCUAGGAAAAUAUUAGAAUGUGGUUUGUAUUGGCCUACCCUUUUUCGUGAUGCCUAUGCUUUUUAUCGAUCAUGUGAUAGGUGUCAACGAACUGGGAACAUAGGACUUAGAAAUGAAAUGCCUCAACAAUUUAUAUUAUUUUGUGAGAUUUUUGAUGUUUGGGGUAUUGACUUUAUGGGUCCAUUCCCUACCUCUUUUGGAUUUGCAUAUAUUUUAUUGGCAGUUGAUUAUGUUUCCAAAUGGGUGGAAGCCAUUCCCACUCGGACUGAUGACUCUUCUGUUGUUGUUAGUUUUGUCAGGUCUCACAUAUUUUGCAGGUUUGGAGUACCCAGGGCGAUCAUUAGUGAUCAAGGGUCUCAUUUUUGUAACAGACACAUGAAGGCUUUGCUACAUAAGUACGGGGUUACACAUAAAGUUUCUACAUCCUAUCAUCCUCAAACAAAUGGGCAAGCAGAAGUGUCUAACAGGGAGGUGAAAUCAAUUCUUGAAAAGACUGUGAGACCGGAUAGAAAGGAUUGGAGCAAAAGACUUGAAGAUGCACUAUGGGCUUAUAGGACCGCUUUCAAAACCCCUAUUGGAAUGUCCCCUUACAGGAUUGUAUAUGGAAAAGCAUGUCAUUUGCCUGUGGAGGUUGAACAUAGAGCGUAUUGGGCGGUAAAAGCAUGCAAUCUUGAUAGUGACACGGUUGGAGAAGAAAGGAAGUUGCAACUUCAAGAACUUGAAGAGAUUAGAUUGGAAGCCUUUGAGAACUCACGGAUUUACAAAGAAAAGGCCAAGAGAUUUCAUGACAAACAAAUUGAAGUGAAAGAGUUUCAAAUUGGUGACAAAGUACUUCUAUAUCGAUCUCGUCUCAAAUUGAUUAAAGGUAAGUUGAGAUCUAGAUGGGAAGGACCUUAUUGUGUUACUAAUGUUUUCUUUUAUGGAGUGGUUGAGAUCCAGGAUUUGUCUACUGGUCGGGUUUUUAAAGUUAAUGGACAAAGGCUUAAAAAGUUUCAUGAAGAAGUGAAGGGCUUGGUGGUGGAGGAAAUGGAACAUGUUGAUGCUAUCUACCCGAGUUAGAGGGGAGUUUCACUUUAUCUUUUGUUUCUUUGCAAAUUAAUAAAUUUUAGGUGUAGGUAGUUUUCUUAUUUGUUUAGGUAAAAUUUCGGUUCCAUUUAGAAUUUUCUUGCAUAAAUAAAUUUUGAGUUACAUUAGUAAUUUUUAUUUUUGCAUAGUUAUAGUUUUGGAAUUUAGGUUUUAUGAUAGUUACCAUUUCUUUGAGUUUGUUAGUUUUUGUUUUAGGAAUAAAUGGUACUUCCUUCUUUUGACAUUUCUUUGUAUCAUUUUAAGGGAUUUGAAAAGGAAUGUUAAAUUUGGCUAUCAAGUUUAAAGACUCAAUAACAUGAUUGAAUUCUAGAAUUGCAUGAGGUUGAUACUAGUGAUGGAUUCUUGAUUGAUGAAAUGGUAUGAUAAUUUCUAUUUACCUAGUGAAGUUUGAGCCUAUUUUAAGUGAUGCACUUGUAGCUUAUUUCACUCUAGAACUUGCUUCAAAUCUGAUUUUUACCUCUAGAGCAGUAUUAAGUCAUGUUUCAUGAAAUUUACUCCAUUAUUACAUUGCCCUCACCUAUUUUUGCUAUUCUUCUUGUCAUAAAUCAUCAUAUCUUUGAUCUUUUCUCAUGUCUUACUUCUUUGGAUGUGGAUACCUUGAAUGUUAUGUGAUGAUUUUAUUUUGGCCGGGACGGACAAAUGAGUAAGUGUGGGGGAGGUGUUUAGUUUGAAAUUGGUGUUCUUUUGUGAAAAUCUUGUAUCAGUUUGUAUCAAAUUUCAGAAUGCAAUAUCCAAAUGAGUGGAAGUUUAGUUGGAAUUUGAGAAGAUGUUGAAACAAAUGGUAUUCAAUAUUUUUAUGGCAUCUACAAACACAAGGAAUGGUGGCUUCAGAAUUUAUUCUGGACACAAAAGAAUGCCAGAACAAUUCAUCAAUGGAGCACUCUUGAAUGGACACAAAUUUGGCAGCAAGUGAACUUAAACAGUGAGGAAAAUGCCAGAAACAGAAUUCAGAAAAAAAAAAAAACAACAACAAACGUGUGCAACUCUGAAUUAUCAGACCUUGAAAACCUUAGGAACUCUUAAGAUUUCAGCAGCAAUUGUUGUUUAAAUCCUGAUAGCACUCUCAACCGGCUGGAAGAAUUCUGGUAGCAGUAACUUGCUGGAAUUUUGAAUGUUCAGUAACUUUUAAGUGAUGUUAUUGGCUGAAAUAUGAUGUAAAUCAAGCUAUGGUUUAAUUUAGUGAUUGUGAAGUUUUAUGGAGAUAAUUGUUGAAGCUUGAAUUGAGUAAGCAGUAACAUCAAUUGAAGAUGUCAAGUGUGUAAAGCUGAAAUUCAGAAUUUGAUGAGAUGCAGAAAUGACAGCUCUGAAAAGAAUUGGAAAGAUGUGCAGUUCGGAAUGAAUGUAGUAUCAAGAUUUCAGAAAUGAUAUAAGGGGAAAGUGAAGCUCAGAUGAAGUGCUGAAACACGAAGUAUCAAAUGGGACUUUAGCAUCAACAGCUUCUACAAAGAUUUAAUUCAAUCACUGGAAUUUGGAAAUGGCAAGACAUUUGAUAGUACUUGAAAGGCUGAAUUUUGGUGAAUGUGAAGAGUAAAAGAAGACAAUGUUUGCUCUCAAGUUGGGAAGUGAAACUUAAUUUAGUAUCAAGAACAAUUGAAACUCAAAAGGGAAGGGUGCUGGAAUGAUAGAAAUGCACACUGAAAAAGCAGGAAAAAUGGCAGAAUUGCAGAAGGCGCAGAAUU